AAAGGUUCUCGGCAACAUUACCGCUCGGACAACUGGGGAAAGACUCUCAAAAAAACGUACGAGAUGAACUAUUACGUUCCGAUCCAGCAAAAUGAAGCGUGCAAUAAACCGUAAGUAUUUAUAACUUUUAAAUUCUUUUUUCAUAUUUAUUUUACAUUUUUCUAUAACUCGCUAUAUAUUCUUUUUACAGAACAUUAUCGCAGCUGCGCUAUACUCCACAUACCCCAUCCUGGGGAGGAGAUUUGCUUUGACUACCACAGCCUACAAAUACUUGGACAUCGGAAUCAGUGUGGGGUCCAUGUCAUAUGUGGAGAUGAUUCUUGGCAACAACAAGGGCAGCCAAAUAAUUUUACCAUAUACAACAUGGAAAGCAUUCAUCGAGAGACGUGCGGACAUUGAGCGACUCGUGCGGUCAACUUUGCCAUCUUCAAGACUUGUAAUUUGCGAUUUAGUAAUAGAAAUAGUAAAAAUACGUGAUGAGAAUAUUGUAAAAUUAACGCUGCUUAAUACCAGUUUAUAUAUGAAACCGUUAACGAUAUUAUUUUUAUAUGAACUCGAACACUGUGCUGAGUAUGUAUAUAACCAGUUGCAUCAAAAAACUUAUAGUGUAAGCGAUAAGUAUAAGCAUUUUGCAAGUCUUUUACGCCAAAAUUAUAUUACUACUAAGCACGAUGCUGUAAAGCUAUUAAAUGAAAGAUACGAUAAAACUUGUAUCAUAGAUUGCGAACUGAUGACCUAUGGCGUGAAUAAUAUUUUAUAUGAUGCUUUGUGUAAUAAUUAAAUGAAUAUGUAUUUGUGUGAAAAUUUAAAAAAUUUAUA